AUGGGGUACCCAGAAACGUUCGAAGGCUUCAUGGUGAACUCGCACACCCAGUGGAGCAUAUUCAAGAGGCAAGAGUUCAAGCCAAAGCCGUUCAACGACAAUGAUGUCGAUAUCGCCGUCGAAGCAUGUGGAGUUUGUGGCAGUGACGUCCAUACCAUCACAGGUGGCUGGGGAAAAUGCAACCUUCCCCUAUGCGUUGGCCAUGAAAUUGUUGGGACUGUGCUGAAAAUUGGACCCAGCGUCACAACUUUGCAAAUUGGACAACGUGUUGGCGUUGGAGCGCAAGUUUAUGCAUGCCUGGAAUGCGUCAAUUGUAAGAACGACAAUGAGAACUACUGUUUGAAACAAGUGGAUACUUACAACGCCCAUUAUCCUGAUGGGACCAUCUCGCAGGGAGGAUACUCCAGCCAUGUGAGAGUGCACGAGUAUUUUACCUUUGCAAUCCCAGAUUCGAUCCCGACAAGCCUGGCUGCACCCAUGCUUUGCGCCGGUAUCACAACCUACAGCCCUCUGGUUCGCGCAGGCAUCGGCCCGGGAAAGAAGGUUGCCAUUAUCGGUAUCGGGGGUCUAGGUCACUUUGGAAUCAUGUGGGCUAAGGCUUUGGGUGCUGAGACCUACGCAAUAUCCCACAGACCUUGUAAAGCAAACGACGCGAAAGCACUGGGUGCGCAAGAGAUGAUCUCCACACAGGAAAAGGGUUGGCACGAGCCCUGGUCGUUCUUCUUUGACUACGUGUUGAACACUGCUGACGCGACCCACAACUUCGACAUGAAGGCAUACAUGAGCAUCUUGGCCGUCAACGGAACUUUCCACAAUGUCGGCUUGCCCGACGGACCGCUCCCUUCCAUGAUGGCUUUUGACUACAUGCGUGGAGGUUACCAGAUGGGUGUCAGCCAUAUCGGUAGCAGGCCUGAGAUGUUCUCCAUGCUGGAAUUGGCAAGCAAGCAGAAUAUCAAGAGCUGGGUGGAAACAGUCGACAUCAGUGAAGCAGGCUGCAAGGAGGCUGUGGAAAGAGUCAAGAAGGGUGCCGUGAAGUAUAGAAUUACGCUGGUGGGUUUCGAUGAAGCAUUUGGCAAGCGGUUGUGA